AUGUCCAUCAUCACCAAAUUUAGAGCUUGUCCCAAAGGGCCUUGUCACCGUCUAUGUAGGAGAACAUAUGGAAAGAAGAGGUUAGUGAUUCCAAUAACAUACUUCAACCAUCCUUUCUUCAGAGACUUUCUUCGCUACGCUGAGGAAGAGUUCGGAUUUAAUCACCCAAUGGGCGGCUUGACAUUCCCUUGUAGAGAAGAAAUCUUUUGUAGUCAUUAUAACGUCAUUGUUUCUCAGUUGUAUUGA